AUGGAUUCGAUGUCCGCGCUCUUCUCAGCCCGGCAUAGGCCUCCGUCGCGAACACAGAAUCAGGCCGGCCACAUAAUGCGGCCAAGCAGAGCCGCGAUCGAACUCUCGCCGCCCCGAACGAUCAGAGCUCCUUUCUCGUCGGUGCUCGGAUUACUCGCCGGCAUGGCGGAAGGGGAGGAGGAGGAGAAGAUCGUCCUCGCCGGAGCGGGAGGAGCGGACGAGGAGAAGGCAAUCGUCCUCGCCGGAGCAGGAGACGAGGAGGAGAAGGCAGUCGUGCUCGUCGGCGCAGGAGACGAGGAGGAUAAGCAGGAGGGCGCGGCGGGAGGAGGAGGAAACGGCGCUUGGUUCACGCCCCCGCCGGGAUUCCGGUUCACGCCGGGGGAGGACGAGCUGGUGAUCUACUACCUCCUCCCCAAGCUCCAGGGCCGGGAGCACGUGCCCAACCACAGCAUCAUCGAGGCCGACGUCUACGCGUCCCACCCGGACGUGCUCACCGCUACGCACAAGAAGAGGGGCGGAGAGAGCUGGUACUUCCUGUCGCCGAGAGCGCGCAAGUACCGGAACGGGCGGCGGCCGUCGCGGAGCACGGAGGACAAGCUCGGGCGGUGGAAGGCGUCCACGUCCUCCAAGGAGUGCAACGUGAAGAAGCUGGCCGGAGACGGCAAGACCAAGUACAGCUUGUGCUCACUCAACUACUACGAGGGCAAGAUCAAGGGCGAGACCAAGUCCAGGUGGAUCAUGAAGGAGAUCACCAUCCCGGAAUACGAGAACGAGAAGGGCGCCGGCGGCGAUGGCGACAAGGACGUGCUGGACGAGUACGUGAUGUGCAGGAUCUACCUGACACCGAGACCCAAGGGCCGCCACUGCAAGGUGGUGGAGGAGGAAGAGGCAGGCCCCAGCGGGGCGCAGUCUGAGCCGCCGGAGCCGGCGGAGGGGAGCAGCCAAGCAGGGGCGACGGCGAACCUUUCGGAGAAGCAGGCGGGCAAGAGGCCGGCGGAGGACCAGACGCUGGGGAACGCCGUCGCCGCCACGGCGCCGAAGCGGGCUCGCCAUCCCAACCCGGACCGCCUGCACCUCGGGCCACCGGCACCGAUGCACGCCGGCAACGGCAUGCAAGGCCCGUUCACGGCGCCGAUGGGGAACUAUGGCGGUAGACCCGGUCGGCCGAUGGGGUACCACGCUGGCGCACAAAUGCCGCUGCCGCCGAUGGUGUACAACAACGGCCAGGCGCCGGUGGCGCAUAACAACCGGCAGGUGCACGCGUCGCGGCAGCAGAUGGGGUAUAACGGGCAGGCAGUGCCGCCGCCGCGGCAGCAGCCGCAGGUGGCGUACAAUGGGCAGGGGCCUCUGCCGCGGCAGCAGGCGGGGUUCAGCGGGCAGGGGCCGCGGCCGGCGUACAACGGCCAGGCGAUGCGGGGGCUCUCGCCGCCGUACCGGCCAGGUGAUUCUUAUGGCCAGAUUCAGAACCAAGCAAUGCCGACGCGGCCUCCGUGCCCGCCGGCCGGCCAAGCUGUGAACCCGCCGUCGUCCGUCGUGCCACGGCCUGCACAGACCCAGAAGCAGCCAGAGACGGAAGAGAUGCGCUACCACCGAGUGAUUCAGCAGAAUCUGCGGGAAUUCCACCGGAUAUCGCAAAGAGCGAUGCCACCAUCUCCCGGUGCGGCUUUCGCGACGCAUCGGCAGCGGUCGACACCGUUCACGCAGCAGCAGCCGACGGCGUCCACGCAGCAGCAGCAGCAGCAGCAGCCGACGGCGUCCACGCAGCAGCAGCCGCCGCCGACGGCGUCCACGCAGCAGCAGCAGCAGCCGACGGCGUCCACGCAGCAGCAACGGAAGCUCAUGCAGCAGAAGCAGGAGCAGCACCUGCGGAUGAUGCAGUUCAUGCAGCAGCAGCACUGGCGGAUGAUGCAGCCGCAGCAGCAGCCGUAUAACUUCGGCGCCAAUGGCAACUACCAUCGUCAUGCGGGGGCCAUGGCCCCUCAGUUCUCGCUCGACAACUUCAAAACCAGCGAAGCUGCGCAGCAUUACCAAAACCAGCGCAGUCGGUCGCUUCCCCCGGCGACGAGCAGCUCUGCAGGAGUGUCCGGAGCGGUGUCCGGUGCUGGCGGAGGCGAGGUGACCGGCGCCAACCGGGAUUGCAACAAUGGUGGAACCAUGGAGCUUGUGGGGUCAACGACUGUGGGUGGGAGCCCAUCGGCGGCGGCAGACGGUGAUGCUACCAAACAUGAAUCGGCACAGUGAUCGAGCUCAAGUAGGAGUGUAGGACUGCUGGACUGGAACCAGCAUAUGACUACUUUUGACA